GUAAAAUACUUUGGAGUAAACUUUGUUUCAUUUUCAUUGUAGUCGCAAGUGGAAGGAGACAAAACUGUGUAUGCCUCGAUUCCUUGCAGUAAACCAAGCACUUCAGUGCAAAUGCCAGAAUCCAGCAUAAUCUACAGUGAUGUGAAAGUCAAGAAGGACUGGAAGGCCUGGGUCCCAUUAAAUACGAAAACAGUAUAUUCAAAAAUUAGGGAAAAAGGUCCAUCUGAAAUGAGUCAAGCAGACCUAGAAACCAAUCAUUAUGGUCUCAGAGGUUUGGAUAUUUCAAAGCAGGCUGCAACAAACUUUCCAAUCUAUGCUAAAGUGAAGGGCAAGAAGGGAAACAGGAACAUGGCGUCCCUCAGUGCAGUGACUGAACAUGCAGACACUACACAUCAAACAGAAGGUGAAGAAAACAGAUAUCGUUAUACAACUUCUAAUAAUUUACUGCAGCCAUUGGGAAGCUCACCAGUUUAUGCUAAAGUGAACAAGAAGGAUAAAAGAGGCAUGACUCCCAUUACUGAAAUGAAGGAAUGUCCUGGAAUGAUGCAGAAUCAGUUGGAUAAAGAAGACAGUGACUGUGAUUCCAAAGCUUUAAAUAAUAUGCCGUACACAUCAGGAAACUUCCCACUGUAUGCAAAGGUUAUGGGCAAACAUGGUAAAAGGGAUGUGGCCCCUGUGACACAAGAGAGCGCUGUCACUCCUCUAACCCGACAGACAGAUGUGCAGGACACCAGAGGUCAAAGGAAAGGGAUAUAAAGAAUACAUCAUUUGCAUCUCCGGAGUCUGCAUCUAUGUUAUACAAAAAAUGACUGUGAAUAAAAAUGCAAGUAACAAUACCAUUUGCCUAAUGUGAUAGCGGGUUGCCACAUUUGCUUCAAUAUUUGACUGCUGUCAUCCAAAAUCAUUCAGAGAGACUACAUCUUGAUUAAUGGCAAACAAAAGUACUCUGCUUUAAAAUUUUUCAAAAAACAGCAGCAUGAGGGAGUCUAAAAGGGCAUAAAAUGUAAUUAAUUGCUACACGCUUUGGUUAAGCUGUGGACGUAAUUGUAAUUGACUUGCGCUAAUUUUGCGCUAAUGUUAUAAGUAGAACACAUCUUGGUGUUAUCAAAAAGGCUCAUCAAAACCUUGCUUUCCCUCAGAGGUUUUAAGGAUGAUAUGUUCAUCUCUGCUCACUUGAUUCUGUCCUGGCUGCAUAACAGGAGCCUUGUGGCACACAGCUACUCUCACUCUAAGAUGUUUAUAAUCACCACUGCCUUAGAAUAGCACACAGUAUUAUGAAAAACCCCAGUCAUCAUUCACAACUAGUUUUCUGCCUUCUUCAUUCUCCCAAAUCAUACAGAGCCAUUAGCACUUGCACCAGCAAAUUUAGGGACAACAGUUAUUACCUUCAGGUCAAAAGGCCUGAAACAGAAGCUUAUUCUUAAAUUUUACUGAUUAGAUCCUGCCAUAUUUUUAAAAAGUUUUGAACAGAUCCUCUG